AUGAGCUCUAAAAGGAAGUCACCUCGAUCAGCAGGGAGACGCAUAAAAGCCUUAGAUCUUUUGGACAAGCAUAUUCACCAAAGGAGUAGCCAAAAGAAGCUUAUCCAACCUCAGUCCGGUUCUUUGGGGGCAUUGACUUUGAAUAGAGCACCGACGGAAAGUAUUUUUGAGAGAUCGCCUACCCCAAGGAGAGAUGAAGGAAGAAGAUUACCUACAACGUCGUCGUCAUCUAAGCCAUUAGAUAUAGCUCCACCAUUGACAGCUGAGCCUUUACCAUUGAGUGCAUCUUCGCCUAUCAGGAAGACAGUAGCAUUCUCUGAUAAACUUGAGUCUCCUGCUGUUUGUGCACCUAUAUCUUCGAGUCCAAUCGUGCCAUCAUCGAAACACCGACCACCUUCGAAAUCGAUUUUAAAAACCUCGCCAACAAAAAAUUUGACCCUUGAAGAUGCAAAAGAAUUGCAAGCGCAGCCGUCUCACGCCGUUCUGGAUCAUUCAGCUAACACUGCUAUCACCAUAGACCCGUUUAGCUUGCAGUAUUGGGCUGUCGGAGAAGUGCAUGGUCUUAUCGACCCAAAUAACCUCGCGGAAUAUAAAAGGAUCUUGGAAGGCGCAAUUCACCUCUUGAAGGGCCAGGGUGGGUCUAAUAGGCUGUUUGAGAUAUAUGCGACUCUUAACAAUAUAUUCCCUCCUGCGUUAAGCAGUGACCCUAAUGAUAUCGGGUGCAAUAAAGGAAGCAUCAUCAUUGAUCAUCUUGAUCAGCUGAUUCAGGUUUCCUACGUACAUCUGAGAGAAGUGCAGGAGUCCUUAUUACAAGAGGUUAAGAAGGAUCCUUUUACAUCUAGGCUAUAUGUUCAGAUAGUGCGAUUGUUCAAUACGUUAUUUUCAAAUUAUCGUAUCAUUAGGUGUUUAGAGAACAAGCAAAACUUGCGAGCCACAUGUCAAAGUGUGUUAAACCUGUCUGUGGCUUGUCUCAGACAUGCAAAUACCAAUAAAGUUAUGGCGAACGCUCAAUUGACAUUUUUGAGGGAGGAGAAGUUCAGCCAACAUUAUUUCACCGAUUCUAUGAUUGAACCCUUUAUCAUCGCUCUCACAGAAUUAAAGGAAAUUUCAAGCACUAAUUUAAUAUGCGAGAAAUUGCUUCUAUUAAAGCACUACCUUGCAAGAUACCCUAAGGUUAUGCUAGGUUUACUAGAUACAUGGCUUCCUGGAGAGGUAUUCGCAAGGAUUCUUAUGGAAGAAGAAAAUUAUUCAAACAAGGUUAUAGUCAAUGCUGUGUCAGUGUUAUUGGAUCUUUUGAAAACCAGCAUUACGGUGCAGCAAGUUGAUCUGGAUAAAAUUAUAGAAUCGUCGGCCGGUGAACUAAUGUCAGUUAAAUUUAUUGGUAAAUUAAAUUCAGAAGAAAGAGCCAUAUUCAACUCUACAAAAAUAGGAAACUUAUUGAUCGAAAGAAUCCAAGUUUUAAUAGUAAAGCGGGCAGAAUACAAGCUUGCUAUGGACCUCUGGCUUUCGAUGGUCGGUUUACUCUACGGAAGUCCGUCCUCCUUAAAAAAAUUGGCUACAGACACUGGUAAGUCAUGGAUACUACCAAACUUUUUAUGUUACACUGAGGACAACGAUGUAGCCAAGAAACUCUCAUUAAAAUCCUGGAGAAUAAUAAUAUACCUUAUAAUUGUUAACGUUCAAUUGGAUGAUCCCAAUGCUAACGAACUAACCAGGUUAAUUUUACAGCCUUUAAAAGCAAUCUUUGAAAGCCAAGAUCAAAGCCAAAGCGCCGUGGAUGGCGCCAUAUACUUAUUGACUGAUAUACUCUUCAUGCUGUUCUGUGAUAAUACUUCCUCUAUGAGAUUCCACUAUUUCUACAAGCAUAUACUAUCACCUCUGUUAGAAGAUUAUGUUCCGAACCAUUCAUCUGCAUUAAUUACUAACCAUAUACAGAUUGUUGUUAUCAGACUAUUGACGAAACCUGAGAAACAUGGACGGCAGCCUAGAAAAUCGUUUAACCCAAUGAGAGUUUUGGCUUCCGUUGGAAUUACACAUUCGGACCUAUUACCCGUGUCAUUUAAUAUUAUUAAUACCCACUGGGAUGACAUUUUGAAAUUAGUGAUUGAAAUAAUGUCAUACAAAAAUGCCGACGCUGAACUCAACGUUCAGCUAUUUGUCCUGCAACUAGCCUCUAUACCCAUAUCUUGUGUUACAAAUGAACAUUGUACAACAUGUAAUAAUCUAGCUCAAAGACUGUUGAGAGACUAUGGAAAAGAACCUGCAGACCCACAAAACCUGGAAAGCACAAGAAAAACAUUGCUCACGGCUCUCUUCAAGGCAUUUGGGAUGUUAAUGCUUAAAGAAGAGGAUAACUCGUCCAAUUUUUUUAACUUAAUAGAGCUGCUUGGAAAAUCAGAAAGUGAUCAAUUAUAUUGGUUGAAAUGUGUACUUGAGAUGACUAAAAAUAUUAUCCCUGAUGUUUUUGUAAUGGAGCGUUUCUUGUCACUCAAGAAUAAUUCAAUUGAUGUGUAUGUGGGUAACCUUAUUGGUUCUAAAUUAUUGUCAGCAACCAUUCAGCCGAACGUCCUGUCAUCCUUUAUCAAUAUUGUAAAUAAGAUCCCAACUGUGGAAGCUAUUGAUAAUGUGCUGGACUUCUGCACUAAAGUUCGUUCUAAUAAAGUUGAAUUGUUAAAGGCAUUGCAUUUUCUUAAUUGGGAAGAAAAGCACUCGAUAUAUUUCAUAACAAAGUAUACCCAGAAGUUUACCAAUGGUCUUAUAUAUGACGACAUGGUAGAAAUUUUAAAGCCUGCAUUGUUUAAUCAGCCCAAGAUGUUUGCAGAAUUGUCCGGUUUAUUGAUAUCAUCAAACCAUACUAAACUAGUGAAAGAAAUCAUUGAAUCACAUCCUGAGUUUCUAAAAUCUUUAAAUGCUAUUAACUUAUUGACGCUGCCUAAAAUUUUGAGUGAAAAAGCCCUUAUUUCUCUUCUAAGCAAGUUAGAUGGACUAGAUUCAGAAAGUCAAUACAAACUACUAGAAUAUGUUAUUGAAAAUAAACAGGUCCAAGUUAUCAGGCAAUCAUCUGAGACUAUAUUAGCAUUUAUAAAUGGAGGUUUUGCUUCUGGGGACAUGAACACAUCUCCACUUCUCAAUCGAUUAUUGGACAUCACUUAUGAGAAUGAGGAUUGGGAGCUGCUUGGAAGAAUAAUCCCCAUCACAAUUGAAUCUGAAAGUUUUGAACGUGUCAGUAAAAUGCUUGAAGGGAAUGAAGAAGUCAUGAUUGAGCAUUUUGACAUAUAUACCAUUGUAUCAAUUCUGAAGAAGCAUGAAUCCUCGCAGCAAUUAUUUGACGUCAUUAUUAGAAAAUUCCUCGAAACCAAAAGUCCAAGCAGUUCUCUGCAGUUAAUUCGUGAGUUGAUUGGAAUGAAUAAGCUACAACUUUUUGAAAACCGCUACAUUGAUUUGCUAACAUUCAUCUUUGAUCCAAAUGAUGUUUUUACUGAACAGGAUCGGCUGGAUUCUAUGGAACUCUUUCCUGUGAUUGCUAAUUACUUGAUAGCGCAACCUAAAAAGGUAAUAUCAAAUGCCAUGCGAGAGGUCAGUAAGCUUAUCCCAUUACAUGGAAGGGAAUACGUCUUUCAACUCCUUGCACGUAUUGUUUUGCAUCCAAAAUUUAAAGUUAAAGGCUAUAGUUCGUUAAUUUCCCAGAUACGGCGAUGGAAGGAAGGUACUGCUACACCAAAGAAAAGGCCAAAGAUGUUUAAGUUCAUUUCGCCUACGAAGAGUACAUUGACAGAACAAAUUAAUAAAGGUAUUCCUGAUCCUAUUCCUUUGCCUGACGUGAAGAUAGCAGAUGUUAGCAAGCUAAGCUAUCCGCCGGAUUGCGUCGAUGCUGAAAAUAAGGCAGCUAUUGAGAAUAAAGAUGUUGUAUUCGACGGAAAUGAAGCGGUGGGUGUUUCAUCUCCUCAUAAAUCUAAUAAUAACCAUCUAGCUGCUUCUGAAGAUGUUAACGAUGAUGUUAGCACACAAGUUUGUGAUGAAAAUGAGACCGAGCAGGAAUCUAACGAAGAACUUGUGGCUGCACCGGAAGAAGAAAGCGAAAACGAACAAGAGCAAGAGCAAGAGCAAAAUAUCGAGAAUACUCAAUUUCUUAACUCCUCUCCAACUCGCAACAUUAACAAUGAAUGCAAGUUAUCUUUAGGACAUGAAACCGACAAUAUAAGUGAUCUUCCAACAUUAAGAGAUACUCCUAACCAAUCGCCAGUGUUAAAGGCGGUGGAUAAUGAUAUUUCUCAAAUUCAGGACUCCAAAGAAGGUGUUGAAGGGAGAACAGUGCAGGCUAGAAUCUUGAAUGACAAUAUAGAAGCUGGAAACCUUGCUUCUAACUUCCAAGGUACUUCCAGUCCAGUCAAAACUAAUAAAAUCACUUCUGAAGAGAAAGUAGUAUGUCUUCCAGAAGGAAAUCUAAUUGAUAAUGUUCAGGGCUCAGAAGAUGGUUUGUCAGACGAUGCAAGACAGGAACACAACUCAUCCCCACCACAGGAGGAAAACAAUAAUUUGCCCGCUGCCAAUACAGUAGAGGCCAAGUUCAACAGUGAACCUACUAUUAAACUUGAGAGUGAACGCCCAUGGCAAUCAUUUAUAGCUCAUGAGACCGAACUUUCCUCUGAAAAUGAAGAUGUUGUGAUCUCUAACAUUGACAAAUCGUUAGAUAGAACUUCCGUUGAUUCACCUGUUCAAAAACAACCCAUUGAGCAUGAAAGGAUACAAGAAAAACGAUGCGAGAAUGAAGAAACGAUGCGAGAACAAGUCAGUCAGGCUGAAGACAAUGAUGAUGCAGACGUAUCUGUUGUAGCUCCACUAAGAAUCCCAAUUUUCAAAAGCAACCGAGUAUUCUAUCCACAUCUGGAAAACAGUAAAUCCCAUCCAGUAAGGAAUAUUGUUUCUGCUGGCGAUGAGCCAAAGUCCAUGAUCUCACUAAAGAGGACUCGUAGUGAAAAUGAUGAAAACGAUGAAUACAAUCAUCAAGAUAUGGGUUUGCAAACAGUUGAUGGAAACGCCUUACGGGCCAAAUUUCCCACCAAGAAAAUACGACGUGCGGUUAAUAAGCUACGCAAUCUCAAAGAAUCUGAUUUGCAAGCUAUAGGUGAGCAAGAGAAACAAAAUCUCCGCAUAGAAUUGUUGCAAUUCAUCUUGCAACUGGAAAGGCUGUGA